AUGACUUCCUCACCGAUUGAUAUAUCAAGCGCCAUAUUACCCACUAGUACUUCUCUCAAUGUGAAGUCCUACGACAGUCGUGUCAAUGAUACAAAAGAGAAGGUGUCGCUUCAGCACCAGGAGAAUCUGGCUGUAUCCGAGGGUGGGCGUGAUGACAUUCAGCUUCAACGUCUUGGAAAGAAGCCCGUACUCAAGCGUGACUGGGGGGGGUUCUCUCGGUUCUUGGCCUUGCCUAACUUUUAUCCUCUCUUUGACCAAGUCUGCUCCCGCUCUCUAUCUCCUCUCCUAUAUAUGACCCCGUUAACACAAAUAGUGGUGGCCCGGCCGGAGCCGUUUAUGGCUUCAUUUUCGGCCCCGACAUCCGGUGGACAAUACCACUGGUGUGCAAUGCUUGCUCCGAAAGAAUAUAGAAAUAUCCUCAGCUAUAUCACAGGUUGGCUCUCUGUGGUCGGCUGGCAAGCCGCUUUUGCCUCGGGCGCUUUUCUUAUCGGAACCCAGAUCCAAGGAGCAGUAAGCCUGGCAUACGACAGCUACAAUUCUAAAGCAUACCAAGGAACUCUGAUGAUGUGGGCAUUUCUAUGUAUUGUGUUCGCUACGAACAUAGUAGGCGGCAAGUUCCUCCCGCGACUUGAGAGCGGACUGUUGUGCUACCAUAUCCUCGGCUUUUUUGGAAUUAUGAUACCUUUGGUUAUCAAAGCCGCCCACAAAUCAAAGGACCAGGUUUUCGAGGAGUUUCUGAAUGGCGGAAACUUCCCUAGUCAGGGUCUUUCUUGGUUCGUGGGGCUCAGUGGUGCUGCUUUCGCAUUCGCUGGUGGUGAUGCCGCCGUACAUAUGUCCGAGGAAUGUGCAAAUGCAGCUGCAGCAAUUCCGAAAGCGAUGAUGCUGACAGUCGUGAUAAACGGUUGUCUUGGAUUCGGGAUGCUUUUGACAAUGUUGUUUUGUAGCGGCAAUAUACAAGAUGCAUUGAGCUCGCGGAGUGGAUACCCUUUCAUGGAGAUAUUUCUUCAAGGAACAGGUUCGAAGGGUGGCGCGCUUGCAAUGAUCUCUGUGUUCCUUUUUGCCGCUGGCUGCUCGAUAUUCGGGAUGUUGGCCGCGACAUCUCGACAAUUCUGGUCUUUUUCUCGAGACAGGGGGGGUUCCUGGUUGGGCUUUGUGGUCAAAGGUAGAACAUCUUCCAGAGAUUUGAAGAAUAUCCUACUGAUUAAAAGUUCGUCUUCUCAGGUCAACUCCCGACAUCUACCAGUUUCCUCCAUCGUGUUGACCGUCAUUAUCGCCGCCGUCCUGGGACUGAUCAAUAUAGGCUCCAAGCUGGCAUUGGAAGACAUUCUGUCAAUGGCAGUGGCUGGUCUGUAUUCUUCCUAUCUGAUGGUUAGCAUACUGCUCCUAUAUCGACGGUGCAAUGGGGAUAUUUCUCGUUUUGGCGAUGCGACGAGCAUGCAGACCAACGUACCUGGAGCCAGGCUGACUUGGGGUCCCUUCCAUGUGCCUGGAAUUUUCGGUAUCCUUGUCAAUGGCUUCACUGUAAUGUAUAUGGUCAUCAUCAUAUUCUUCAGUUUCUGGCCGUCGAAGAUGCAUACCACAGCAAGUACGAUGAACUACAGCGUUGUGGGAACUUGCGGCGUCGUGGCUCUCGCAAUUGCAUACUACGCUGUGCGUGCACGACACGUCUAUCAAGGCCCAAUAAUGGAAGUGAGAGAACAGGAAUGA